AUGGGCAGGGGUGUGGAGACGCCCAAGAUUAUAAACUCAGUGGUUCUGCUGAUUCUGCUGAGUGCCCUGACUGAUCCUGACCAGUACCACUUAACCAGUGCUGAAUUAGGGGGUGAAUUUGAAUUUAUGGAUGAUGCCAACAUGUGCAUUGCCGCAGCAAUAUCCCUUCUUAUGAUUCUGAUCUGUGCAAUGGCUACCUAUGGUGCCUAUAAGCAACAUGCAGCUUGGAUCAUCCCUUUCUUCUGCUACCAGAUCUUUGACUUUGCUCUCAACACGCUGGUUGCCAUCAGUGUGCUUGUCUAUCCCAGCACAAUUCAGGACUACCUCCGCCAGCUGGUAAAUCACUUUCCCUACAAGGAAGAGAUUAUGUCUGUGAACCCUACAUGUCUGGUUGUGAUUAUCCUCCUUUUCAUAAGUAUCAUUUUGGCUUUUAAGGGUUACUUGAUAAGCUGCGUGUGGAACUGCUACCGAUACAUCAACAGCAGGAACAACUCGGACGUGCUGGUGUACAUCACCACCAACGACACUGCGGUCUUGUUGCCACCGUAUGAUGAUCCUGUGAACGGAGCUGCUAAAGAACCACCACCACCUUAUGUGUCAGCAUAA